UGGGACUCUGGGUGAGGGGUCCCCUGGGGGGUGCUGUCCCUGGGGAGGGGUUACUCUGGGUGUUGGAGUUCCUAGAGGUUACUAUCCCCUUGAAGGGGGUGACUCUGGCUCUCGGGGUCCUUGGGGUGUGCGGGAAUAGUGGCUCCUGGAAAGAGAGUGUCUGUGGAUGUUGAGGUUCCAGGGAGAUAGUAUCCCUUGGAAGGGGGUGACUGUGUGUUGAGCCCCCUGGGAGUUGGAAAUUGUGGGUCCCUGGUGGGGAAGCAUCCCCUGGAGGUAGCUCUCUCACUAUUGGGGUACUGUAGGGGGAGAUUGUGGGUGUUGGGUGUGCCCGGGGUGUACCUCCUGAAAGGGUGACUCUGUAGUGAGUACCCUGCUUCCUACUGAUCUGGGGGGAGGGGUGUACAUUUGCCACGGGGCCUGAGCCACAAGCCACUGGGUGAGGAUGGCGUGGGCUCUGAAGCUGCCGCUGGCGGACGAGGUGAUCGAAUCGGGGCUUGUGCAAGAUUUUGAUGCCAGCCUCUCGGGCAUUGGGCAGGAGCUGGGCGCCGGCGCCUACAGCAUGAGUGAUGUUCUAGCCCUGCCCAUAUUCAAACAGGAAGAAUCAAGUUUGCCUCCCGACAACGAAAACAAGAUCCUGCCUUUUCAAUACGUUCUGUGUGCAGCCACAUCCCCUGCAGUGAAACUCCAUGAUGAAACACUCACCUAUCUCAAUCAAGGCCUCUUCCUUAGGUCAGUCGUAUGAGAUCCGGAUGCUAGAUAACCGGAAAAUCGGGGAGCUGCCUGAGAUAAAUGGGAAACUGGUAAAGAGUAUAUUUCGAGUGGUGUUUCAUGACCGGCGGCUGCAAUAUACGGAGCAUCAGCAGCUUGAGGGCUGGAGGUGGAACAGGCCUGGGGACAGGAUAUUGGAUAUAGAUAUCCCGAUGUCUGUGGGUAUAAUUGACCCCAGGGCAAAUCCAACACAACUAAAUACAGUGGAGUUUCUCUGGGAUCCUUCAAAAAGGACUUCAGUGUUCAUCCAGGUGCACUGUAUCAGCACAGAGUUCACCAUGAGGAAACAUGGUGGCGAAAAGGGAGUGCCCUUCCGAGUCCAGAUCGACACCUUUAAAGAGAACGAGAAUGGGGAGUACACUGAGCACUUGCAUUCUGCCAGCUGCCAGAUUAAAGUCUUCAAGCCCAAAGGAGCAGAUCGAAAACAGAAGACGGACCGAGAGAAAAUGGAGAAGCGAACUCCUCAUGAGAAGGAGAAAUACCAGCCUUCCUAUGAGACCACAAUACUCACAGAGUGUUCUCCGUGGCCAGAGAUCACUUACGUCAACAAUGCACCAUCUCCUGGCUUUAAUAGCUCCCACAGCAGCUUUUCCAUUGGUGAGGGAAAUGGCUCUCCAAAUCACCAACCCGAGCCACCUCCUCCGAUCACAGAUGUAAGUCCCACCUCAAAUCUUAUGCUUGUGAACCUUCUUCCAACGACAACGCCUCAGGAAGCCCAGCAAUGGCUGCAUCGAAACCGCUUCUCCACGUUCUCCCGGCUCUUCACGAAUUUCUCAGGUGCAGACUUACUGAAGCUAACGAGGGAAGAUGUUAUCCAGAUCUGUGGCCCUGCAGAUGGCAUCAGGCUCUUUAAUGCGUUAAAGGGACGGAUGGUACGGCCCAGGCUGACCAUCUACGUGUGCCAGGAGCCUCAGCAGCUGAGGGACCAGCAGAAGCAUGAGGAUGGGGAGCUGGCAAACAGUACUUUCUUUGUAUAUCAUGCUAUCUAUUUGGAAGAGCUGACUGCAGUGGAACUGACAGAAAAAAUAGCCCAGCUCUUCAGUAUCUCCUCCCGACAGAUCAGCCAUAUCUACAAACAAGGCCCUACAGGAAUACACGUACUGAUCAGCGAUGAGAUGAUACAGAACUUCCAGGACGAAUCGUAUUUUGUUCUGGACACAAUGAAAGCUGAAACCAACGAUAGCUACCACAUCAUCUUAAAAUAAGAGGGAACUGGACUAGGAGAGAGCCCGUAGCCACUUCUCGUCUCGCACAAAGACCCAUCGCCUAUUGCACAAGGAUGCAAGCAGAGAUCAGAAAUUCAUGGGAGGCUUCUGUAAAGAUCCCGAUCUUUGUUGUUACUGCACUGUACCUUCUGGCAGGUGACACCCCUCCCCCCCAUAGCUCUUCUGGCAUGCAGCCUGCUGAUGAUGCUAGCGCACUGCUUAACCUCUGGAGUUUAAAAUGGAAGUAGUUGCAGAUGUGAGGCUAAACUUGCCAGGCUGUGUUGUCCUUAGCUAUUGAUAGAAACUUGCCUUUGUGUCUUGGGAGCCGCGUAUGGGUUUAAUGAUAAGUGUGUUACACUUUGAGAGGUGUUGGCUCCUGUGAGGUGCUGGAGACUUGCAAGUGAACAUCAAUUCUAAUAACUCAACCCAGCAACCUCUCUGGCAUACUCAGCAACCUCUCAAGCACGCCACCCCCUCCUCCCCCCAAAAUAAACCUUCCAACUGCACUGAUGGAACUGGGGGAAAGCAUUAUUUUUUAAGCUUCUCUUUGAUGUUGUUGGACAACUGCAUUGUAAAGGCGUUAUUCUCGUUCUCCCAAUGCUUGUUGGUUUAGUUCCUGUGUGUGUGUGAGAGAUUGAUUGAUUGAUUGAUUGUAGUUCUGUCCUCCAGGUCAGUGUCAAGACUGUCAGGAACUAACUCCAGUCUCAUGGAUUUAUAAUGUCACCGUCUAUAUGAACUAAUGUGGCUUUACUCUCAAAACUCACAUGACUUUGACAAAAAAUGAAAUUUGAUGAACUAGCUAAUUGAUGAUAUGGUCUGUUUCCUGUAUGAUUUUCUUUUUUUUAAAAAAAGAACUAAAAUUCUUGAUCUUUGGGGUGGAGGAGAAGUGAAAAACUUCUGCUGUACCUUCAUUGUAAAUGUGGGUGACAUUUUAUUGGCAUGUUAACUUUUAUGUCUCAUUGGUCUGAAACUCACUUUUGGAGCUGGAACAGUAUGGGACCAGCACUGAGAGAGAUUUACAUAGUAAGAGCCUGCAGUCCGUGCUUAAAGCUACUGAAAACGCCGGGUGACAAAAGGGCCUACAUACAGAUUUCCAGGACAGCAGCUGUUGGGUCUCUUGGGUUUAAAAAAAAAAAAAAAAAAAAUCUGCUUUCUAAAACAGAUGCCUGAGCACGUCCCCUCUUUGUGAGAGCACCUAUUAUAGCUUGAAAGAAGAUGUCCUAAAUAAAAAGCAUCUUAUAAUAAAAUGAGGCCUGGAUUUAUAUUUGCCCAGAACGUCAGGUUCUUGGGUAAACAGAUGGUUUUUAUAAACAUACAUGAAAUAUUUUUACAAGAAACAUAAUACAACGCAGAUGUGUUCAAAUGAUUAGGUUGUGACACUAACCAAUACAAGCAGGAAAUGCCAGGUUCUGAGUUGGACUAGGAAAGGCCUAGCUGGGGCGGGGAGUAAUGCUGUGUCUGUGACAAUCUAACAAUCAUAUUUCCAUAGUUCUAAACAGCUGGUAAGAUACUGAAUGCUUCUCUCUAACCCUAAGAGGACCUGUAUGAACUCCCCUCUGCCUCCAAUUCAUUGGAAAGCCCUGAAGAUGGCAACCAUUAUCUUUCUGUUCCAAUGCCCCCCCUGCCCCCCGAAGAUGAUGGCUUCUGUAGAUGCUAUUUAGUGAUGCUUCUGAGAGCCUUUCACCUCUAGACUGGAUUUGAAAUGAUGAAACAACUCCGUGAUGGCGCAAGAGUUGUUGGCCAUUUGAUGGCCGCUUGGUAGCCCCUGCGUGAAAGGUGAUGGAAAUCCUUCCCCCCAGUUCCCUAGCAAAAGCAUGUCAAUGCCAUAUCAUUGGCAUCAUUGUUGGCGAAGAACUGAAUGAGCGUGAGCUAGAAAUAGCCCCUCUGGGUUGAUGGUGAGUAAUGUUUUGCAGGACAAUGUGGGAAUGUGCUGUACUGCUUUGUACCUGUUCUGGGGAUAAAGAGAGGACUUCAGGACAGCCUCUUCUAUCCAGUUUGGUCACCCAGUGCUGAAUUCUCUUUAGUGCCAAAGCAGUUGUGUUUUUCCUGGGUUUUGCUUAAAAAGACUCUGAAAGCCCCUUUGUAUCACAGCCUGAUCUGUGGGCAGCAACCUGCCUUGUCCCUCUACCUGGCUUUUUGAUGGCUUGUGUCAUAACCGUUGUCACAUUUGAAUCUUGAACUGACAUAUAAACACUCUGAAAUUGCUGUGGCUCUGUGUUCUUUCAUGGAUCUUUGCCUAAUAAACGUGGGGGCCUCGGCCGCUUAAAUUGAUGGGGCUAAAGAUGCCAAGAAAAGCCUUAGAAAAAGCUGGAGCGAUUUCACCUGCUUUCCCUGCUGAAGAACCGUAUGCACUACUGGUGAAUUGACAGGACUAUGAACUCUGCAUUCAGAGGCGCUAUUCUUUUGGCAGCUGGCCUUUUGUAUCUGUUUUACUACAUCAGCAAUAGAUUGGCAAGAUACCUGUAUUUUAAUCUCGGGGGCCGGAUUCUCAGUAUGCAAGAGGCGUAAUAGAAAAUGUAUAAUAGUGACAGACUUGUUGAAUUUUUUGUAUCCAUGUUUCUGGGUGCGUACAGAUUCUUAAUGAAUCCAUUGUUUGGAAACAUAAA